CCACUGUAGUUCCAGCAAGCUGGUUUUAUUUUAUAUCCGUGUGCAUACAUAUCCGCUUGCACGACCACGAGCUUCGGCUGCAUUUAAUAGAAUUAAAGAAUCUUUUUCAAGCUUGAAUUAGUCUAGCCAAGUAUUAAAAUGUAAACCGUAGAGUUGGAAACAAUCGGUAGUGAGUAGUUUAAAAAAAAUUCAAAAAGUAUUUCCUAAGCGCGACUUGAAGUUGCGUGUGCGAGUGUGUGCUUGCGAUAGUGUGUAUGUGUGCGUUUUGGAAUGUUGCCCUGCACGAAAUUCAAACCCAAAUAGUGACCAUCCUUGAGGCAAGCUUUUGCAUAUUUGCGCGAUGGAUGAGCACACGUUGAACGACUUGCUGGAGUGCUCCGUUUGCCUGGAGCGUUUGGACACCACCUCAAAGGUUCUCCCCUGUCAACACACCUUCUGUCGCAAAUGUCUACAGGACAUUGUAGCCAGCCAGCACAAGCUGCGCUGCCCGGAAUGCCGGAUCCUGGUCUCAGCCAGAAUCGACGAGUUGCCUCCGAAUGUAUUGCUGAUGCGUAUCUUAGAAGGCAUGAAACAAAAUGCAGCUUCUGGGAAAGGAGACAACAGAGGCGAGGAGACCGAAACGGAACCGCAGAAGCCAGCAACAGCGUCUAGUAGUCCACAUCAGCAAUCACAGCACCAAAAUCCACCCUCCCAACAGCCGCAUCAGCAAUCGCAGCUUCAGCAAGUUAGGCAAAAGCCGCGCCGCUUUCUUCUCCCCCACGCUUACGCUCUGUUUGACUUUACCUCCACGGAGGCUAGCGAUCUAAAGUUCAAGAAGGGGGAUCUGAUACUGCUGAAGCACCGCAUCGACAACAACUGGUUCGUGGGACAGGCAAACGGCCAGGAGGGCACCUUUCCCAUCAACUAUGUAAAGGUGGCCGUGCCACUGCCUAUGCCGCAGUGUAUUGCUAUGUACGACUUCAAGAUGGGUCCCAACGACGAAGAGGGCUGCCUGGAGUUCAAGAAGAGCACGGUCAUCCAUGUACUUCGCCGCGUAGAUCACAAUUGGGCAGAAGGUCGUAUCGGCCAGACCAUUGGAAUAUUCCCGAUAGCCUUUGUCGAAUUGAACGCUGCCGCAAAGAAGCUACUCGAUAGCGGAGUGAUCAACCAUCCACCGUGCCAUCCUCCACAGCAGUCGGCGCAGCGCGCGUUGCCGCCUGUUCCAGUAAUCGAUCCCACUGUGCCUACCGAAUCCAGUUCCGGCUCAUCAAACGUCACGCCAGCCAGCAGCAAUUCCAGCUCUACAUCCAGCUCCAAUAACUGCAGCCCCAGCCACCAGUCGUCGCUACCGAACACGCCCCAGCAUGUUGUAGCCUCUGGUUCGUCCUCAGUUCGAUUCCGGGACAAAGGCGCCAAAGAAAAACGCCACUCCCUUAACGCUUUGCUGGGUGGAGGCGCUCCUUUGAGCCUGUUGCAAACGAAUCGCCAUUCCGCCGAAAUUCUAAGCCUGCCCCAUGAGCUCAGCCGUCUGGAGGUGGUCCCAAAGCCAACCAACGCUUCGCAAUCCUCCCGUGUACUGAAAACAACCGUUCAGCAACAGCUGCCUCCCACCCUGCCCUGGGGAUACUUGGCCCUUUUCCCAUACAAACCUCGCCAAACAGAUGAACUCGAACUGAAGAAAGGCUGUGUGUACAUUGUGACCGAACGCUGCGUGGAUGGAUGGUUUAAGGGAAAGAAUUGGCUGGAUAUCACUGGCGUGUUUCCUGGCAACUACCUGACACCGCUGCGGACUCGUGACCAACAGCAGUUAAUGCACCAGUGGAAGUAUGUUCCACAGAAUCCAGACACUCAACUAGUGCAUGCUCAACAGCAGCCAGGGGCUCAGGACGUGCGGCUCAAUAAUAUGCUGCCCAUGCAGCCCCCUGAUUUGCCACCGCGACAGCAACAAUCGACUGCAAACGCCACAACCACUACUUGCUCCGUUUGGACAAAGCCUGUGGAAGCCUUGUUCAGCAGAAAGUCGGAGCCCAAACAGGAAACGAACGGAGCCCCAGCCGGCGCAUCAUCCAGCACAUCAUCCGGUGCAGUAGGACUCAUGCGUCGUUUAACUCACAUGAAGACGAGAUCAAAGUCUCCCGGAGCAUCGCUUCAACCAACCGCCAAGGAAGGCAGCAGUUCCACCGUGGAAAAUCAACCUAAAAAGUCUGAGAAACUGCACCCAGUGCAUGUUCGGUCGGGUUCGUGCCCCAGUCAGUUGCAACAUAGCCAACCGCUGAAUGAAACGUCAAUUUCAACAACGACCGCUUCCACAUCCGCCGUACAACAGCAACAGUUUGUAACCAAGCCACAAGCUUCCACUGCCGCCGGUAACACGGUUUCUUACGGUUCCCAGCGCGUUAAGGGCAACAAGGAUCGUCCUCAAUUGAUUUGUGCCCGUCAGUCCUUGGAUGCAGCCACAUUUCGCAACAUGUACAGCAAUGCGGCCAAUUCGCCACCGCCUCCAGCCUCAGCCGUAGCUCCAGCCAUUUAUGCAGGAGGACAGCAGCAGUUGGGAGGGCAAUCGCAGCUGCACGCCAACAUGAUCAUUGCUCCCAGUCAUCGAAAGUCCCACAGCCUGGAUGCUGGUCAUGUGCUUUGUCCCAGCAACAAUGUGAUUACCGAGGCCGCAAUCAAGGCCAGCGCCACCACUAAAUCAGCCUAUUGCACAAGAGAAAGCCGAUUUCGAUGCAUUGUACCGUAUCCUCCAAACAGCGACAUCGAACUGGAGCUACAUGUGGGCGACAUUAUCUACGUGCAGCGCAAGCAGAAAAAUGGCUGGUAUAAGGGCACUCAUGCCCGUACCCAUAAGACGGGACUUUUUCCAGCAUCCUUUGUCGAGCCGGAUUCUUAAAUCAUCCAGAACAAAGCAUCGCCGGUCGAUUUGGGCUUCCAACUUGCAUAUUCCUGAUUCUUUUUUUAAAAAAGAAAUCGGUUUGAACUCUUCCAUUCUCGAAUACGGAGCUCGCUAUAUUUUUUAUACGAACUUUAAUCAAAAUAGGCUAGCAUUGAUGUAAGUCUUAAGCAAAAAGUGACUUAAGCCCCUUAGCGAUUAACUAGCUAGCGAAAACGAAAGAAUUCUGUAACAAUUUAACAGAUUGUAAUCUGUACGAAGUUAUUUGUAAUAUACGAUUUUCAGUAAUAA